UAUCAGUAUCAUAUAUUCUUGUCUUCUACAGAAAGUCAACUUGAUUAGCCUUGGUGAUGUUAUUGGAGACUAUUAUGUAUCUUAGUGUUACAAAGAAACCAAAGUAUUUAUUUUCACUUAUUUCCUGAGGCAAGUGGCAACGAGCCUGUCUGAGAGGAUGCUAUUGGCUAGGUCUUGCUAGUGCUAGUGCUAGUGCUAAUACUGUGUUGUGUUUUUCCUCAGUGCUCCUCCAUGAGGGCGCACUACUAGAGCUCUGUUUGGGAAACACCCUCAGCGACGAAGUGUGUAGGGAACACGGAGGGGGGCCACGGAUGCUCGAGCAUGCCAUAAACACUCCAUAUGCCCUGAGACAGGAGAUAUCUCAGCUUAUUUGUGCCCUCGUCUCCUUCUGACCGGUGCUGAGAGGAAGCUAGCAGCCGCGGCUGUGCUUGUGCUUGUCGUCGCCAGGCAGACUGACGAUGCUGUGGGAGCCAAACCAGCAAACCCCACACGUCUGAACGACAAGAGAGAGCUCGUGUACUGGAUGUAGGCUUAAAGAAAGCUAAGGGCGCUUUUCCCUGGGUCGCACUGCCAUGUUCUGAGGCUUGCAGGGCUGAGCAGUGGUGUGAUGAAGGCGUUGAGGAUGAGCAGGCUGCUGAGGAGGCUGCUGAGGAGGCUGUGUGUGUGUGCUGGACUCAUCGCCCUCAGCUGGCUUCUCCGAGUAACAGAUCCCCCUGAUAAGGAAUUUGAUCCGAUUUGGUCUAAACGAAAACUGACUCAGCAGAGUGGAGAGUCGAACCAAACAUCCAGCAAACCCCGAGCUGCAAUCAAUGAAUUUCCUGAAGAUGUCUUCACUAAGGAGCAGAGAAGGCAUGGGGCGCUGCUGCUGCAUAUCCUCUGUGCUGUUUACAUGUUCUACGCUCUUGCUAUCGUCUGCGACGUGUACUUUGUGCCAUCUCUGGAAAAGAUCUGUGAGAACCUACAUCUGAGUGAGGAUGUUGCCGGGGCCACCUUCAUGGCAGCAGGAAGUUCUGCUCCAGAGCUCUUUACGUCUCUGAUUGGUGUAUUCAUCACUAAGGGAGAUGUGGGAGUUGGCACCAUAGUGGGCUCAGCAGUCUUUAAUAUCCUAGUUAUCAUUGGAGUGUGUGGCAUUUUUGCUGGACAGACGAUCUCUCUCACCUGGUGGCCUCUCUUCCGGGACUCUGUUUACUACAUCAUCUCGGUCUUGGCCUUAAUUCUGAUCAUUUAUGAUGAGAAAGUUCUCUGGUGGGAGACUAUAGUCCUCAUAUCAAUGUAUGGAAUUUACAUCCUUAUCAUGAAAUUUAAUGGUCAAAUCUGGGGCUGGGUGGAGUUGAGGUGUGGUAUACCCGGACAGCCAUGUUUGGUGAGCAGCCUACGGCAAGAUGUAGCAGCGGAAGAAGCUAGCACACACUGUGACACUUCAAUGAUCCUGAUGAAGAAAGGUCAGUGUACAAGUGAACAGGACUCAGCCGUGGUGAUGGUGGAUGAGCUGAUGAGUCUGCAUCCUCACCAGUUCUCCUUAUCAGAGGCAAGCCUCCAUCUCAUGGACCCCCACUUCUCUCCCCGUACGCACCUCAGCAUGGCCGGAUGCAUGCUCAUCGCUGAGAGGCAGAGAUUGAUCAUGAGCCGGGGCUCAGGGGAAAGUGGCAGUGGCACAGGAGAAAUUCCCGGUCAGGAGAGCCCAGGGAUGGAGGGAGUACCCUGGGGACUAGAAAAUGGUGACAACAUGGACAGCGAGACCCAACCGCUAGAAGAGGCGAGGACGAGGGGCAAGGGGGGGGCAAUGGAGAGGGUGGAAGACAUGGGGGACGCACAGCCCAAAGACACAGAGGAGGAUGAUGAGGCAGAAGAAGAACAACCCUUCAAUCCGCUCAUUGUGCCAGGAGGGUUCUGUGAGCGGGUGAAGUGGUUGCUCUCGUGGCCUUUAAGCUGUCUGCUUUAUUACACUGUGCCCAACUGUUUGAUGCCACACUGGGAGCACUGGUUCAUGGUCACCUUUGUGGUCUCCACACUCUGGAUUGCUGUUUUCUCCUACCUCAUGGUGUGGAUGGUCACCAUCAUCAGUUUCACACUGGACAUCCCAGAUGUGAUUAUGGGCAUCACGUUUUUAGCAGCUGGCACAAGCGUCCCGGACUGCAUGGCCAGUCUUAUAGUUGCCCGGCAAGGUAUGGGAGACAUGGCUGUGUCUAACUCAAUAGGGAGUAAUAUUUUUGACAUUCUACUGGGCCUUGGUUUCCCGUGGGCUCUGCGUACACUUGUGGUGGAUUACGGGUCAACGGUCUUCAUUAAUAGUAGGGGACUGGUGUAUUCUGUUAUUUUACUGCUUGCUUCAGUCUUUCUCACAGUUCUCAGUGUACAUCUGAAUCGCUGGAGACUUGAUCGGAGGUUAGGCCUGGGACUUAUGAUCUUGUAUGCCAUCUUCCUUCUCUGCUCGAUCUGCUUUGAGAAGCUGUAGGUCUCACACAGCUAGUGAAACUUUCCCCUGAAUAAUACGCUGGAUUUUUUUCAUGAGGAAACAUCACAUUACUGUAAUUAUUCCAUCAGAGGCAUAAGGAGCGAGUCCUGUGGGGGUCAAUCAGUGAUUAGAGAUUCAUAAACCAUAUUAAGGAGUUACUACUCACUGUAUUAUUUAUACUGUAUUCAUACACUUGGAAAUCAAAAGAAAGCUAUGGCUCACCCCACACCCCACAAUGUCAUUUUUGAAGUAGCCUGCUAGAGAAUUUAGAAAAAAGAAGAUAAAAUUUUGUUUGGGCCACUAUUUCAGAAAUGUGCAAUAGUGAAAAAAAAUGAAGUUCCUGGUUCGGACACUGGGUGUCACUAAAGCCGAAUCUGUAAACUCUGCCUCUUUGCCAUAUUUAAAAGUUUCUUCAAAAGGCCUAUAUUAAUCUUACCAAAAGUUUAUAUAGACAGCAUGGCAACACCAAAGAAACAAAAACAGAAAGUGAACACAGGAGGAUUUGAGAUUUUUUUUUGUAACUGAGAAGAGGAAGGUGGCACGGAUAUCUCAUGCUGUGAAGGAACAUAACUAGCAAGUGAAAUCUGCAAAAUAUUUAUCUACACAGCACUAUUCAUACACACAGCGGAAUCCACUUAAAGCCUAUUUCACCCUUUUUUUAAACCUUUUGACCCCAAUAAGACUGAACAUUGCUGGCAUAAGUCCACUGCUAAACACAGAAUAGUUUACACAACUGGCCAUUACAUCAGCUUGAGUCUUGCAAAGUGUAUUUCAAUAUUUAAAAGAUACAGAAGUUUUUUUGUUUGUUUUACUGUUUGAGCAGAAUUUUAAAGCUAGUUAUGAUUAUUAAACAGGAUUAACGUAAAGUUCCUGAAUUAAGCCACAGGAUGUAAUGUUUACAAAACACGGGUCACUUCUUUACAUUGUGCUUGUACAUUUUCUACUCUAAAGAAUCUAAAAUGAUGUAGUAAUUCUGAGCAAGACAACAAAACAAUUCAAAACUACACUUUGUUUUGCAAUGAGUCACAUUAUUAUGUAUGUAAUGUAUGAUGUAAUCAUAUUUACUUUGGAAAAGUAUUUCUUUAAAAUAAGGAUUUGGAAGAAAACAUGCCGUUUCAGUAUUUUGAAGUUUGAUUCAUUAAACAAAACAAAAUAAAAAACA